AUGAGCUCGCGUUCGAGCUCGCCGCUGUCGUCGGUCCAGGAUCUUUCCGAUCCUGAGCUGGAGUUCGGUCAACCCAGCAAGUCGACAUUCACGACCAAUAGCCUGGAUGACAAACCCUCGCGAUCCUCGCAAGAGGCAUCGCCACCACCCAACAAGCGGCGCAAGGUCGUCGACCCCCGAGACCCCCUGCCUGCCGAUAACCCGCGCUAUGCGUUCAUUGUUGCCUUUCAGGCAAAGUUUAACCAGGUCUUUCGCGGGGUCCCAAACUUGGGGCCCCAAGACAUCGAAGCUGGGGUGGCAGAGACACCAAUCUCUGACCAGGUUGAAUCACUUCUGUGCAAGUUGCUCGGACUUGCACUGAACCGUCAGAAGCCCGUUGAGAAAGGGCACUAUGGUCGGGCACUUGAGGAGGCCGUGGCCACAUAUAUUGAAGAAGCCCCUCCCGAGUGGGAUGGCAAGAACCCCUUGGAAGGCGGGAAGACCUUCAACCAGAUGACGUUGGACGAGCGUUUGGUGAUGCUGCAGACGCUGGUCCUUUGGGUGCUCCGGCACUCGAAGGCGGUGGGGGACAUCCUCAAGGAUGUCUACAAACCCGGCAGGAAGACAGACGACUCCAACAUCUCCCUCGCCGUCCAUUGCUGGGGCAUGGACAGGGAGAAGAAUAAGUAUUAUCUCAUCGAGGGCAGAGAUGAUACUUAUUUCCGAGUCUACCAGGAACACAUCAGCCCUGGGUACAGAAAUGCGACAUGGAUUUCGGUUGCGGGCUCCAUCGAGGAGCUCAGAGAUUUGGCGGAGAGGCUGGCCCAGGAAGGGUCAAAGAAUGCGAAAGACUUGCAAGGGAAGAUCCUGGCCGCGAUCCCUCGAUUCGAAGAGGGAGACCAGAAGCGCAAGCGUCGCGAAUACCGAAGCGCCAGGAAGGCCGCUUUCUCCAACCCAGGAGUCUCUUUAUACGAGGGACGAACCCGUGGCAACAAGGCAAAGUACACCUUCGACAGUGAUGAAGAAGGUGGCUAUGCUUCUGGACGAGCCACCCGCGCGAGCAGACGAGCCUCGCCGACGGCCAACGAGCCGUAUAUCACUGGGUCGGGCAGGGUCACUCGAAGGACCAACCAGUACGGAUUCCAGAAUGACAACGCCGGAGAAACGAGCACCCCUUAUGCUGGUAGCGACAGUGGUGGGAGCACACGUCGAUCUGGGAGGCUGUCCUUAAAGAGAGAUAGAGAGGAGUAUGAAGCCGAUGUACUCGGAGGGGCAGAGAGCCCAAGUGAGAAUAACGAAGGGGACGACGAAGAGGAUUACCGUGAUGAGCCAGUAGAAGAGAUGGACGACGACGAUUUGACCGAUGGUACAGAUGAAGGCUUCGACAAGAGCGGGAAGAGUUUAUGGGCUACACUGAAGUUCGAGAAGUCAGAGAGCAAGGUAGUUUUGAAGACAUGCAAGGACGACGAUGCCAAGCUAGAAGCUCACGAUACUCCGGCCCCGCAUCUUGAGAAGCAGGAUGAUGGCGCAAUGGAUAUCGAUGCAGCUGAGGAUGUUGACGACGGAGACGUCGAUUUGGUCCCCACGAGCCCUAUCCGGGGUAGUUCACCAAAGAUCCCUGGUGAUAAGAAGAGUACACCCGCUCCCGAGCAUGUUGUGGUUAAUUUCCUAUCCGGCAAAGGGUCAAAUUCUUCACCAGCUUCAAGCAUUGGACAGUAG